AUGUUUUCCGGCCUACUAGCGGCCAGGACGGCUGUCUCCAGAAUUGUGUCCUAUUCUGCUAUUCCAAGAUUGCCUUUGCUCCGUCAAUCUAUGUCUCCAAUGCUCGGAAUAAGUCGUUCUAUUAGCAUUAGCACACCUAGAUGGGCUACUUUAAAUCAAAUCAAAAGAGGUGUUGAACCGCCAAAACGCAAAAAGGCCACCGUCUCGCCCGAUCUAUACCAAUGCCCGCUUCGCAAAGGUGUGGUCCUCAGAGUGAUGGUCCUAAAGCCCAAGAAACCUAACUCUGCGCAGCGAAAAGCGUGCAGAGUGAGACUCACCAAUGGAAAGAUGAUAUCUGCGUAUAUUCCUGGCGAAGGUCACAAUGCUCAAGAGCAUAGUAUAGUGUUUGUUCGUGGGGGUCGUUGCCAGGAUUUGCCAGGUGUCAAAUACCGUGUCAUUCGCGGUGGGGGCGAUCUAAGCGGUGUGGUCAACCGGAUCACAUCUCGUUCCAAAUACGGGGUUAAAAAGCCUCAAAAGGCUUAG